CGCUGCCGCUGCCGCCGCCGCCAAAAUGUCCACAGGUGUGCCUUCAGGAAGUUCAAGUGCGGCCACUGGCAGUAAUCGAAGACUCCAGCAGACACAAAAUCAAGUAGAUGAGGUGGUUGACAUCAUGAGAGUCAACGUGGACAAAGUGUUAGAAAGAGACCAGAAGCUCUCGGAGUUCGAUAACCGUGCAGAUGCACUGCAGGCAGGUGCUUCUCAGUUUGAAACAAGUGCUGCCAAGUUGAAGAGAAAGUAUUGGUGGAAAAACUACAAGAUGUGGGCGAUAGGGAUCAGUGUCCUGGUGAUUGUGGUCAUCAUCAUUGUUGUGUGGUGUGUCUCUUCAUGAAGAACCAGGUGAAACCGAAGCCCACUGUUCAGGAGCAUCUUCAAGACUUUCUACUUAGAACCUGCUGUGUUAUUGAGCUUGUUUUUCCAAAUGAUUAUUUUUGUUAGUUUACAUACAGUUCAGUGCCUAGAAAAUGUGCCUUUGUUUUAAUAUACA